CUUGUUCACCGUCCCACAUAAAAAGCACGUCUAUUCGCCCCUCAAGGUUCUGCGACACUCCAAACAAACGAUUAUCAGAAACUUGGCUUCAUAGAUGCAAGGGUAAGCGCGCCGAGCCUUGCAAUCAUGAGGUUUGAGUAUCUGGUCGUCGGGGUUCUAUCCCUGUUGACCCCAUUAUCAGCAGCAUGGAGUAAAGAAGAUCGAGAAAUCUUUCGAAUCCGCGACGAAAUAGCGGCUCACGAAGCCGAAACUGGCGCUACGUUCUACGAGGUCCUCGGCGUGGCGGCGUCAGCCUCCUUGGACGACAUCAACAAGGCCUACCGCAAGAAGUCGCGUUCACUUCACCCCGACAAGGUGAAGCAGCAGCUUCGCGCCGACGCCCAAGCAGCCAAGAAGAAGAGCAAGAAGGAGGGUUCCGGCCCGGCGGCAUCCAAGGGCCCUUCCCAGGCGCAGAUCCGCAAAGCCAUUAAGGAGGCGUCGGAGCGCCAGGCCCGCCUCUCGCUCAUCGCCAACAUCCUCCGAGGCCCUGCCCGCGACCGCUACGACCACUUCCUCGCCAAUGGCUUCCCCCUGUGGAAGGGCACCGACUACUACUACAACCGAUACCGCCCGGGGUUGGGAACAGUCCUGGUGGGCGUCUUCAUCGUGGGCGGCGGCGCGAUCCACUACCUCGCGCUGUACAUGAGCUGGAAGCGCCAGAGGGAGUUUGUGGAACGCUACGUCACAUUUGCGAGGAACACGGCUUGGGGCGGCGGCACGGGGAUUCCCGGAGUCGACGCUGCACCUGCGCCUGAGCCAGCUCCUGCUGCCGAAGAGGACGAAGCCGCUGCCGCGCCCCAGCCGAGGAACAGAAAGGAGAGGCGCAUGCAGGAGAAAGAGUCCCGGAAAGAGGACAGCAAGUCUUCUUCCAAGAAGAGCCGCAAGGGUGCGAGCUCCAAGAGUUCGUCGCGAGAUGCGUCUUCAGCGCCCGCCCCUGCUGGUGCUCGCAAGAGAGUUGUCGCUGAGAAUGGAAAGAUUCUCGUGGUAGACUCUCAGGGUGACGUCUUUCUGGAAGAGGAGGACGAAGAGGGCAACGUCAAUGAAUAUCUCUUGGACCCGAAUGAACUUCUCAAGCCGACCUUGAGAGAUACCGCCGUGGUCCGCGUACCCGCCUGGAUCUUCCAGCUAACCAUUGGCCGUUAUCUCCCAGGCUCUGCGUCAGCUGAGGCCGCAGAGGGCGAGGAGGACUCGGACGUUCCCCAGCACACGCCCCCAAGCUCUGAAUCUGCUGGCGAAGACUUUGAGCUGUUAGACAAGAGCACAGAUUCGCUAAGCAAAGCAAAGUCGUCUGGUUCGCAGGGAGGAAAGUCUGUCAAGCGCAAGUCCACCAAGAAGAGGUAGAGGCGCUAAAGUGGGCACGGAUCUGAGAAUCCGCUGGUCAUUUCUAGCUAUGCUUUAUUUUUUUUUUUUAAACCAAAUGUGAAAAUGAGAUAAUGAGUAUUUCUCUUUACUUAUGUACUUAUUGACACUAUUAUGGAGAAACGGGGGAAUGAAUGGACAUGGGAAUCUUGUUAGGCAUAUAUCUCUUCUACCCACGGAAAAAGGAGCAAAAGAAAAAAGAAAAAAGAGAAAAUAAAAUAAAAAAUAGAGCCAAGAUUUUAAAGCCACAGCUGUCUAUCCUAUCACC